AUGCCUAAAUUUUUCUGCGACUACUGCGAUGUCUACCUCACGCACGACUCCAUGAGCGUGCGCCGAGCACACAACAGCGGCCGAAACCAUCUGCGCAAUGUCGUCGACUACUACCAACAAAUCGGCCACGAGAAGGCCCAGUCCGUCAUCGACUCCAUCACCUCCUCCUACGCCGCCGAGGGACAGGCCCACGCCAACCCGAUGCUCCCGCACAACCAGCCUGGGCACAACUUCCCACCGUUCCCUUUCCCGGGAGGUGCACCACCUCCAUUCCCCGGCAUGCCAGGCGCUCCCCCAGGCCAACUCCCCCAAGGUCUUCCUCCUCCUCCCGGCGGUCGCGGUGGUCCCAUGCCCCCCUUCCCUCCCGGCCCAAACAACAUGCCUCCCAUGCCUCCUGGCGGCCUGCCUUUCCCCCCGGGCCAGUUCCCUCCCUUCCCGCCACCUCCUGGCGCGCCUGGUUUCCCGCCUGGGGGCCUCCCUCCGCCCGGCUUCCCUCAUGGGAACGCACCUAGUCAUGACCGGCGAUGA